CUGACUGUUGGAAGUUGAGGCAUGUGACCUGCGGGUUGCUGUUUACAUGCAGGUUCUGGUUCUGUGGCCGUGUACCGGGUCGGUCCGGGUCUGACAUGAGUCCGUAGCGAACCUUCGAACAUGCUGGAGGCUCAGCGGACGGACGGCGGCUCCACUGAGGUGUGUGUCAUCCCGGAGAACCGGCAGUGCGGAGAGGUAGCGGACAUCCGGAGAGCGGAGUUCGCUCCUGGAGGCUCUCUGCUCGGAUGUCUCCGGGUCAGCGGGCGGCUGGUGCUGUGGGACCCCGCGGACAGAGACGCUCCUCCGGCCGCAGUGGACGGAUGUUACACGGACUUCUGCUGGGAGGAGGCGGCCGUCCCCGGCCCCGGCGGCAGCUUCAGGCUGCUGGCUGCUGGAGCUCCGUGUGAGCUGAAGCUGCUGGAGGUGGAGGCCUCCACCUCUGCCUCCACCUCUGCCUCCACCUCUGCCUCCACCUGUCUGCACCGUGUCCGGGAGUGUCCCUCAGAUCAGCUGCUGGAGGCGGUCAGAGAGCGGGACAGCAGUGUCUCUGAGCUGCAGUCGGUGCGCGUGUUGUCGUUUGCCGCUGGGCUCUGCUGCGUGCUGCUCGACUGUGAUUGGCUGCUGCAGCUGCGAUGGCAGCGUGCGGAGGAGGAGCCGCAGACGUUGUCCUGCUGCCGCAUCCAGCUGACUGACAGCGGCAGACACGAUGCUGUCCACCACAGUGUCUGCAGAGAGACGCUGUUCGUCCUCAGCUCCUCCGGACUCAUAUCUGUGUUCAGCAUCUCUGACGGCAGUCUGCUGGCGAGCGUCGACCUCCCUGCGUACCUGAGCUCCGGCCCGGCAGACGACGACCUCGUCUCCUCUCCUCCCUCCUUCUCCUCCUUCUGCCUCCUCCAGGUGUCAGCUGAUCUCAGUACAGCCGUCGCGGUGACUCGGUCUCACACCGCUGUCGCCGUCGAUCUCGACCACUACUUUAGGAUGUAUCCGGACCAUUGCUGUGUGCCGCUCCCCCCUCUCGACCUCCUCUCCGGCCCAACAACAAGAGACCAAGGACAGGCCUGUCGCGCUCCAAAUGCAGCCUGCUCGCCCCUCGGCUCGACCUUCAUACUGACCGGUAAAACCGCCGCGUUCUCAGACGGGAAUGAAGCCUCCUGGGAAGCUCGUCUGGCUUCCAUGUACAGCAGAGCCCAGCAGGCUGCAGCUCCGUCCUCCUCCACCCGGGCCGCUGGGACCUCCUGGUCCUCCUCCCUCCUCCACCUGGAGUCCCACCAGGCUCCAUCUUCGGUCCACAGCAGAGCGCCGCACGGCGGGGUGACGGUCGCUUUCUCCGCCCCUGAGUCGUCCGCUCCGUCUCUGCUCACUGUGUCUGAAUUCUCGGCCCAGCUGACCUUCGUCACCCCCGGCAACACACAGACCACAGUGGCCUUGUGGGAUUUGGAGUCCGGGAGCGUGAGCUACCACCGGGCGGAGGGCGAGGCGGCGCCGGUUCAACGCUGCGGAGAGAGACAGCACCGACUGCUGCUGAAGAGUUCCGGUGUCUUCCUCGUCUUGUUCUCGGUGUCCCAGCAGGACUUGCUCAGCAGGUUGAUGUUGUUCGGCAGCGCGGCAACAGUAGACGCGGUCUGUCACCUGAACAGCUGGGGGCGCUGCUCCAUCCCCAUCCACGCCCUGCAGGCCGGGCUGAAGAACCGUCAGCUGGACACGGUGGACUUCUACCUGAAGAGCAAAGAGAACAUCCUGAACCCUGCAGCUGAGCAGCCGGCAGCCUCCACGCUGAGCCUGAGCGAGCGUGUGCAGCAGCUGUGUCCUGCGUUGGACCUGUUGUGUUCGGCCGUCAGAGAUUCAAACAGUGACGCUCAGAGCCGACAGUUCUCUGAACAGCUGCUGAACAUCACAGUGAGCUUCGUCAACACACAGAUCCGCUCGGUCCUGUCCAACACACACUACGAGGACGCCGGCGUGCAGAGCUGUGUGGACGUUCUCGACCGUUAUGUCACUGAACUGCGGCGCUAUAUGAAGAGAUUCCCCUGGCCUGUAGGGGGCGACACCUCCAGCAGCAGCUCUGCUAACCACGCUCAGGUGGAGGUGGAGGAGGAGGAGGAGGAGUGGAGGCAGCUGCAGACAGAGGAAGUGGUCCGUCACGCCAUCCUGACCAAUCAGAUCCCUCGAGCUCAAGCCGUCCUGCGGCGUCGGAGCCGGCCCGAGCAGCGUCUGUCAGCUCUGAGGAUGGAGGGUCUACGUCAGGUGUUCUGCUGCCUGCAGCGCCGAGACCUGCAGACCGCCAACACGCUCCUCACCAACAUGGGUUUCAGUGUGAAGAAGCAGCUCCACAGUAUCUGCCUCUACACCGAUGACCAGGACCUCAGGGACUUCGUGGUGGAGGAGCUGUCAGGGCGGAGUUACUUCCCAGAGGACGAGAUGCAGAGCGUGGCGUUCAUCAAGCAGAUGGAGGAGUUGGGAUCUCUGCCUGCAGCUCGCUGCCCGGCAAAGACGCCGUCGCAGAGACUCUCUGUGCUCCGUCUUCACAGCGUGGUUCAGAUGGUCCAUCAGGAGGCGGGCUGUGGUGGUGACGAGGUUCUGGAAGAUCUGCUGGGUCCGAAGAGGUCCGAGGAGGACUGCGUGCUGUGGAGGAACCUCCGCCUGGACUGGGUGAGGAACUGGGACCAGAGCUGCCAGAUGGCCGUCCUCCUGUCCAGACUGCAGCACACAGACUUGACGUCCUGUGACUCGGCGGUGUUGUGGCGUUACUUGACCGCCCUGCACGACCAGCGCCGGGUGGUCGACUGGAUUGACUGGAACGGGGAGACCUCCGGCGCCUCCCGGUGGCCUGAGUUAACCCCGGAGCUGGUCAACAACAACACAGUCUGCAGCACCUACAUGAGGGAGAACAUCCUGGACCUUCUGGCCAGGAGGCGUCUGUUCAUCCCGGAGGAGCUGGCAGACUUGGAGCAGCUGUUGUGGAGGCUUGCUCAGGGUGGAGGUGUGAUGUCCUCGUCCCCACCCAUCCCUCAGUACCGCUCCCCCCUCGGCCUCGACCUCCACAGUCUCUUCAUCACCUUCUGCCUGGACCACAGCCUGCAGUACCUGCUCUACACCUACCUGGAGCACUACAGGUUGACACCCAGAAACUGUCCCCUCUUGACCAAUCAGAGCCUGUCUGAGAGCCAGCCGUGGUUCGAGAUGCUGGUGAAGAUCCAGGAGAUCACUAGAGACCUGUCAGAUCCAGGACUGGUCUUCCAGGCCAGUCUAACCAGUGCUCAGGUGCUGUUACCGGGCAGCCAGGCGUCUCUCAGCAGUCUUCUGUUGGAGGGUCACAGUCUGUUGGCCCUCGCUGCCGUCAUGUUCGCCCCCGGAGGAAUCGACCAGGUGGUGGUUCAGGGUGAAAGGUCAGGCAGGUCAGAGAGGACGGUCGACCCCCAGCUCCUGAAGAUGGCGCUGGCCGCCCACCCCAAACUGAGGGCCGCCCUGUUCCCCGCCGGACCUCGGACAGGAAACAGCUCGUCCUCUGACGUCUCCGUCUACCACCUCCUGCAGUCGCUCCACCCUCUGGACCCGUCCCGGCUGUUCGGCUGGCAGGCGGCAAACACCCUCAGCUCCACCGAAACGUCGGAGCUGCCUCAUUUCUCCAGCCCUCACCUGGUCAGCAGGUUCGCUCUGGUGGAGCACCUGGACUUCCUGUAUUACCUCCGUCACGGCCGACCGUCCUUCGCCUACGCCACCUUCCUCGUCCAGCAGCUGAGCGGCUGCAGCGACGUCCCGCUGCUGCUGCAGCACACCUGGCAGCAGGUGUACAGGUUGGCCCUGCAGUGUUUCAACGUGCCGUCUGUGGCAUCAGCGAGCGUUUGUUUCUGCGAGCUGCUGGGAGUCUGCAGCCUGAAGCUGAGGGUCGACCUCCGAGCGAUGAACGCCAUCCUGCAGCACUGGAGCCAACACAACACACACACCGCUGCUGCACAGCAGCUACACACUCUGGUGUCUAAAGGUGUAAAGCUGGCGGAGGCGGAGCCUGGAGCAGCCGAGGAGCUGAUUGGCUACCUGGAAGCCGCAGUGACGGACAACCUGGAGCAGAAGGGCAUCAGCAGGUCGUCCUACGAGGCGGCUCAGGAGUGGGCGUUGCCCGUUCAGUUCUGCCAGCUCCACGCGCUGCAGCUCAGCUCCGUUUACCCCGCCCACUGCGCUGAUGACGGACAGUUCAUCCACUUCCUGUUGUUUGUCCAGCUGCACAACUUCCCGCCGCCGCAGGUGAGGUCAUUGGCCGCUCAGUUCGGCCCCGCCCUGCAGGCUCACCUGAGUCUGGCAUUUCAGGACCUGCAGGUUUGCAGUCAGAUGAAGACUUGCGGCUCUGAGGACCGCUCGAGGUCUCUGAGCUCCAAGGAGGCCACCGUGAGCGUGGAGCACCCCACGGAGCUGUUCCAGGUCCUCCUGCAGAGCCAGGAGGAGGCGGGACCCUGCAGGUACCUCCUGCAGGAGGCGCUGGUGCAACGCUGCCCGACACUGGCUGUAAUGGCGGCAUGUCAACAGGAGGCGGAGCUGCUGCCGUGCCUGUGCGUGUGGGUGUUGACCUCCGUCGAUGAUGUCACAGCUGGAGAAGCCACCUCCCACCUGGUCGAAGCGCCCGAGCACCAUGAGUGGACACUGCACGACCUGUCAAUCGUCUGGAGGACACUGCUGGGGCGGGGCCACGUCAGGCCCCUCCUGCGAGGCUUCGAGCUCUUCCAGAGGGACUGCCCCCUGGUGUUGGUGUUGAGGAUGUUUGAGCUGUGUUGCGACUACAGGAACUUUUCUGAGGCCAAAGCGAAGCUGCUGGACUUCCAGAGGACGCUCAUCGCUCUCAGAAAUGGUGGUCCGGCGCCCUCCGGUGGACUCCCCCUGCAGUGGGUGGAGAGUCAGGCCUCCGUGCUGCUCCUCACCAUGCUGCAGCGCUGCUCCUCCCAGUACGACCUCCACCGGCUGCUGCAGCUCCUGGCCGACGUCGACAAACUCCUCAAAUCCAACGGUCCAGACUUCAGGAAGCUGAGUCAGCUCAGUCAGCUGCUGCAGGGGUCAGAGGUCAGCCUUUCUCCGAGGCUGCUGCAGUGCAGUUCUCCCUCCGACCAGCAGGAGGAGUUCCAGGCUGCGGUGGACGCUCUGCAGGCCAAGGGCCGCUACAGCCAGGCCCGGCAGGUCGCCCAGCUGGCCGGUCUGUCCGUCCACCGCCUGCUGCUCAGCCAGCUUCUCCAAGAAGUAAACUCCCAGAAGUCCAAGCGGCAGUGGAGACGGCUGGAGACACGAGUCAGUUUCUGGAGGAAAUGUCACGAGCAGCUGAAAGCUGACAACACUGAUCCAGAGUCGGCCUCCCAGUUCUUCCUGUCACAGGCUGAACCCGGGUCGACGGAGUCGUCCGGGACCUCAGAGGCUCAGACGGAGCUGCUGGACAUCCAGGAACGCUGCCUGCUGCUCUGCCUCGCCGCUCACUGGCUCUCCCUUCUCAGCCCGGCUCCCGUGGACAAACUGGAGAGCCUGGAGAAGAAGCUGUGGAGCAGCCGGGUCUUCCAGCGCAUCCUCACCGUCGCCAUGGAGAAGGAGAGCGUCUUCAACCUGCCGCCAGCCGCCAUCACGCCAGAGAUGAACACAUACGAAGUGCUCAUGAAGGAGUUCUCCUUCUCCAACAUAUCGGACCUGAACACAGAGCAGUGCCUCAGCCUGGAGGGAGCAGAGGAGCAGCAGGAGCUGCGUACCGACUCGGAUUUGAGUCCAGAGGAGAACAUUCUGACCCAACUCGUUGGUCAGUUAUUAGAUGAAGGCAGCAUCCAUGAAGCCAGCCGGGUCUGCCGCUAUUUCUCCCUGCAUCACCCGGACAUGUGGGUGGUGCUGCGAUGCCGGGGUCUAGCCUCUGGAGAGCUGAACCCUGAACCACAAGAAGAGACGUCAGAAGCUCUGCCCAAGAAGAGCAUGACCAGCUCUGCCUCCAUCAGCAGCUUGUUGUCCUUCGUGAUGCUCCCCCUCCCCGACGACGAGGUCGCCACUCAACUCCAGAAACUGGUGGAUCAGUGUCGCCACGGCAGCAGCUACUGCAAACAAGUCCUCAGCCUCUACCAGCUCUCCAAGGAGCUCCAGUGUUCCUUCAGCGAGAUCUGCACGGAGGAACCUCGCUCGGUGCUGGAGAAGCUGCUGCUGUCGGACCAGCCGGAGCGCUUCAGGAAGGCUCAGGCCUUCAUCAGGUCUCAGGGUCUGUCUGCAGACGCCGUGGCCGAGCUGGUCUCCUCCGCCGUGGUCCAGGCGCUGCUGGCCUCCACCCAAGAGCUGCAGCCCGAGAGGCAGGUGUUCAGGCCGUCGGAGGGUCGGGACUCGCUGGUCCAGCUGAUCAAACUGUGCGACGAUCCGAACCUGGUGGGAGUCAAACUGCUGGAGAACCUCAACACUGUUCCACUGCGAGACCUGAGCUGCAUCGUAGAGCUGCUGAUCGUGGCUCACGACUGUUUCAGUCUCACCUGUAACAUGGAGGGGAUCGUCAGAGUCCUCCAGGCCGCCCGUCACCUGAGCCACACCUACCUCUCCCCGGGAGAGCACUACAGCCUGCUGGUGCGUCUGCUGACGGGUAUCGGCAGGUAUAACGAGAUGACGUAUAUCUUCGACCUGCUGCAUCAGAACCAUCGCUUUGAGAUGCUGCUGAGGAAGAAAGUGGACACGGACAGAGGACAGAGCUCCAGUCUGAAGACGGCUCUGCUGGAUUACAUAAAGCGCUGCCUCCCCGCAGACAGCGAGAAACACAACAUGGUGGCGCUGUGCUUCAGCAUGAGGAGGGAGAUCGGGGAGAACCACGAGAUGGCUGCGAGGACGCAGCUGAAGAUCAUCGAGUCUCAGGCCUGGGUCGUCACUCCGGAUCUGAAGAGCUCGCUGGUCAAAGUGUUGGGUCUGCUGAAGGACGCCGCAGAGAGCUUCUCCAAGGACUCGUGUGUGCGUCAGGCGACUCGCUGUGUUCGGACGGCGAAGCUCGUCGCUCUCCAGCUUCACUUCCUGAACCAGGGAUCGGACCUGCGCAUCAUCAACCUGAGACCUGCAGAGCUGCCGAACGCCGUCACGUCGCUGCCGCGAUGUUACCAGGUGUUCGUGGUGUCGGAGGCGUACAGCUACAGUCCGGACUGGGCGGAGGUUUUGUACCAGAAGGUGAUCCUGGGCGGAGACUUCGUUUACCUGGAGGAGCUGAAGCGGCACCGCCCGCUCACCUCCGGCCUGUUCGAGGACAUUUUCAAAAAGCUGGACGGCGUCCCCAGCAGGGCCACGCCCAACGUGAAGCGCCUGCUGACGCACUGUGACGAUGUGUACAGCCGCUACAGGCUGGCCUACCAGCAGAACCUGUAUGACGUCACCAAAACGCUGCUGCAGGACGCCAACACCGCGAGCUACCUGAGCGACAAGCUGGCCAGCUGAUCGGCCGACAGACUGAAACACUGUCCAUGUACAAUAAUGUUUAUAAAGAGUCUUUUCUAAUCGAUCUUCUGUCAGUGAAUCCCUGAAAUCAUCUGUAAGAAUCUGUUUGUUUAAAUGAACUAAAAUCAUCUGUGAUCUAAAGAUUCACAUUAAAACUUUCCAACCUG